CACUGCUUAAAAUUUGCAGAAUCUGUAGUUAAUUUUAUGCAGUCCAGGUCGAACUUAGUUUACGAGAAAUAUUGUUCAGAACUCUAAAAUCUGUACACUUACACCACGCUUGUAUUUGGAAAUUCUACAUUCUAGCGUCAGUACCACCAGGGACCUCGUUAUACGCAAACUGUGGUUUUUAAAGACAUGGAUAAACAAUCUUGCAUUAAAAUUGAAGAGAUGAAAAUAAAACUGGAAGAAGAUGGGCAAGACACAGGGGAGAAAUAUAAAAAUGGUGAUACCCCAUCUUACAUUGAAACCGUGGGGACUGAAAUAAAAGUGGAAAAUGGUCAGUAUGGGCGUGAGAACUAUGAAAAUGUUGGUAUGCAGUUUGAUAUUAAAUCUGAAGAUAUCGAAAUAAAACUGGAAGGAGAUGGUUCGGAUGCACUGGAGAUAAAUAAAUAUGUUGAUAAGCAGUGCUACAUUAAGAUUGAAGACAUUGAAAAAGAGCUGGAGAACAGUCAAAAUGUUCAGGAAAAAUGUAAAAGUUUUGAAAAUCAGCCGUAUAUUAAAUCUGAAGAGAUUGAAAUAAAAGAUGCUCGUAGAAGUCAUUCCCCUUCAUACGACUUUGAUGAUGAAACAAUUGAAAAUAAAAGGCACCAUAUUUCAGAAAAUACAGGAGAAAUAAAGAAUGAACACAUGAUUAAAUGUAUGACUGGAUUUAAUGAAAAUGUUACGACAUUGACGUCUGUUCACAAUAUUGAAAUACACAAAAGUGAAAAGUUUAGAUUUCAAAAGCUUGGGCCCUCAUUAGAUGAACAAUUCUACCAAUGUGAUAAUUGUAAAUUUGAAACUAAACUUAAGGCAACUCUGGACAGCUAUCGAUUCCUACAGGAUGACCCCUCCAUAGUGCAAAUGUACAAGUGUGAUGCCUGUGGUUAUGAAACCAACUACGGGAGAAAUUUGAUUAGGUAUCGCACAAUAAAUAUAGACCUUUCAGAAGUGAGAUUGUACAAGUGUGAUACAUGUAGUUAUGAAACUCGACAAAAAGGUCAUCUGAAAAUGCAUCAAUUAACUCACAAAGAUUCUUCAGAAAUCCAAAUGUACAAGUGUAAUACAUGCAGUUAUGAAACUAAAUACCUUAAAUGUUUAAGAAUGCAUCUGUUAUUACACAAAGACCGUUCGGAAAUCCAAAUGUAUAAAUGUGAUGUUUGCCUUUACGAAACUAAAUACAAGGGUCAUCUUAAAUCGCAUCAGAUAACGCACAAAGACCCUUCAGAAAUCCAAAUGUGGAAGUGUGAAGUGUGUAAUUUUGAAACUAAACAUAAGAAUCACUUGAAAAGACAUCAGUUAUCGCACAAAGACCCUUCGGAAAUCCAGAUGUACAGAUGUGAUAUGUGCAAUUAUGAAAGUAAACAUAAGAUUGGUCUCAAAACGCAUCGAUUAACUCACAAGGACCCUUCAGAAAGUAAAACGUACAAGUGUGAGAAGUGUAGUUAUACAACUGAUUUUAAAAGCAGUUUAAAUACGCAUCAGUUAAAACACAAAGAUUCGUGGGAAGUCCAGAUGCACAAGUGUGAUACAUGUGCUUAUGAAACUAAAUAUAAGAGCCAUAUAAAUAAACAUAAAUUGUCACACAAAGACCCUUCAGAAAUCCAAAUGUACACCUGUGAUACUUGUACUUAUGAAACUAAAUAUAAAAGCGAUCUAAACGUGCAUCAGUUAUCACAUAAAGACCCUUCAGAAGUCAAGAUGUUUAGGUGUGAAACGUGUAGUUUUGAAACUAAAAAUAAGAGUCGUUUGAAAAGGCACCAGUUAUCGCACAAAGACCCAUCAGAAAUUAAAAUGUACAAGUGUGAUACUUGCAGUUACAAAACUAAAUAUAAGGAACAUCUGAAAGUUCAUCAGUUAACACACAAAGAUCCUUCGGAAAUCCAAAUGUACAAAUGUGAUACAUGCAGUUACAAAACUAAUUUUAAAAGCAGUUUAAAAACACAUCAGUUAAUACACAAAGAGCCUUCACAAAUCCAAAUGUACAAGUGUGAUACUUGUACUUACAAAACUAAAUAUAAAAGUGAUCUAAAUAAACACCAGUUAAUACACAAAGACUGAAAUUGCACUAAACAAAUGAUAUUUUGUAGUGUAGGGUUCUUAAUAAAGACGAUUUAUUAUUAUUAUUAAUACUGUUGAUUGGGACAUAUAGAAUUGAGCAGUGAAUGUUCUAGACGAGGUCCUGGAUCCUGGAUCCUUGACUACAACUAAAAUUUGAGGUUUUAUUUGUCCCACUUUUCUUUCCUGUAUACGACUUCUAACAUGAAUUUGGAGUUAAUUAAAAUGUUAAUUAAAUACAGUUAA